AUCCAGGCGGCGAGGCGAGGCCAGGUCUGGAGUUGGGUUGGAAGAAAAGGAAGAAGAGCUGAUGGAGAAAGCGAGGGAGGCCCUGUCCGUAGGAGCAGGAGAAUCGGAGCGGGUGGCGAGCCUGGACGUCCGGCCGCAUCGCGCCGGAGACGCUGCCAGCUUCUACGAAGGCUUCGCUCUCCGGGGAAUCCGGGUCGACCUCAUCCAGCGGGGAUCCCUCUCGUGCACCUUCAAAGUCCCUCCUCGACUCACCGACGUGAAUGGAAACUUGUCGGCAGGCGCCAUUGCAAACCUGGUGGAUGAGGUGGGAGGCGCUGUAAUGCAUGCUGAUGGUCACCGCAUGAAGGUCUCGGUCGACAUGUCCAUUUCGUACAUGUCAACUGCCAAGGUUGAUAAUUUGAUUGGUGAACAGGAUGAAUUGGAGAUCACCUCAAGUGUUUUGGGGCACAAAGGAGCCUAUACUGGAACAUAUGUAUUGUUGAGAAACAAAACAACAGGAGAGAUUGUUGCUGAAGGUCGACACUCAUUGUUUGGUAAUCUUAAAAGCAAGAUAUAAGUACAUGCUUUGUAUCUGAUACACUUUUGAGCUUGGCAUGAAGUGGUUUGUAGUUUCAAAUGGACAUAUUUGGGGGUGUUAUGCAUAAAUCACAAAUGAACUAAAGUCUAUUUAAGCAAAUGUGAACUACCAUGAUUUCUCUUCUUUGAUCACAA